AUGGUACUAGCAGUAACAGCAGCGGCAGCAAAAGCCGUAGAGACUGCAAAAAGGGGCUGCGCCUGUGGCAGUAGCAGUAUUACUGGAAGAAACAGUAAUAGUACUGGUAGUAAUGGCAGUAGUAGUGGUGGCGGCAACAACCGUAGUGGCUGCAAAAAAGUGGUUGUUUUGCAACAGCUUGAGAAACAUCACGAAAAACAGCAACAGCAUUUUUCAGACGACAUUGCUGAUGACAAUAACACCAUCACGACGUCUUGUGAUCAGUUUGUAGAUAAUAAAAGUUUCACAAAAGACAUCAAACAUGACAUUAAUAAUGAUAAUAAUAAAAAUAAUAUUAAAAAUGACAAUAAUAAUGACGCCAACAUUGAUGAUGAUGAAAAUGACGAUGACGAAAAUAAUAGAAAUAUCGACGAUGAUAAUGAGAAUGAUGCUAACGAUUACACUGAUGAGGAGAAUGAUGAAACCAUGGAAGUUGAACCAAACACGACAACUGCACUACAUUCCACUGACUGUAAUUCCACUACUGAAGCUGCAACUACUUUUCCAGCCACCACUACAGCUGCCUCUAUUACCGCUAAUGCUACUUCCAGAAGUACUACUACCAAUAUUUAUAGCACCACCACAACAAACACAUGCACGCCAUCCAAGCCAGUGAACAAAGUCAUCAUCAAAGAUAUCCCAGCUCGCUUCAAGAAACUUUUAAAAAUGGCAUCAGACAAGGCAGCCGCUCAGCGGUUGAGAGUGGAAGGAGUUCCUCUCUUCAAACAGAUGAUCACUCCAUUCAUCGUGCACAACUCCGCCGAGGCUCAGCGAGGAAUUUUCGAACCUUCCCUUGUGCAGGCAGAUGUGCAGCCGACUCUCCACGCACAAUUUGCAAAUCCAGUUUGGAUGCCUUCCUACAGCUAUGAUUCGAAGAAACUUGAAGAGAACUCUGGUUUGUUUGUUGCUGGGUCCGUUGAAAAUUCUCAUCAACAUGUUGGCGAUUUUUUCAACCAAUCCUGGCAGCAACCAGCUUACCAACAACCACAACAUCAAUCCCACUCGCAAAACGAGCCUAUAAAUAGCAACUUGCUUUGUUGCACCAAACCAUAUGACAACCAUCAACCUCUACAAACUAAUCAACUACAACAACAAAUCCAACCAAAUCAACAACAUGCACAAUACCACUUGCAUAGCAAGACAUCACAAAUUAUCAAUAAAGAAGCAAUGAAAAUUGACUACCCACUAACAACACAGCAUCAACAACAACAUCAACAACAACAUCAACAACUUCUAUAUUAUUUGCCUUAUAACUUGCCAUAUCCUUACACAACAUGUAAUGUCAGCUGCAACUUCUAUAACAUCAACAACACUAAAAUUGAUCCAUUCAAGUUACCUGACAUCAACAACAACAUGAAUAACAACAUUAAUUACGUUGUUAACGGCGAAUUCUAUGCAUACGACAUACAACAACUACAUCAACAAUAUCAACAACAACAACAACAAAAUCAUCAUCAACAUUUCCAUCAACAGCCUCAAGAACGCCAUAUUGAAUUCCAACAAAUAAUUUUCCAACAACAUCAACAUCAACAAUUUGCACCAGUCAAUUCAGCCUGUCUUGACUAGCCUAUGAUAUUAUAACCAUAAAAUGAUCUACACCAAUAGAUUUAUGUAGUGUUUAGAUAUAUAUGUAAGUAUGUGUGUAUGUAAUGAUGGCGAAGGCGAUGAGGAUGAUAAUAAUGAUGAUGGUGAUGACGACGACGAUGAUGAUGAUAAUGAUGAUACAAGAUGAAUAUUCAUAUUUUCAUCCAAGAAUAUCAAAUAUUCA